AUGCCCGUCGUUAAACGCGGUCUCGUCGCCCCACAGAACACCUUCCUAGAGAAUGUCAUCCGCAGAUGUAAUAAUGCUGACACUUCCUUCAUUCUCGCAAAUGCACAAGUGGUUGAUUAUCCGAUCGUGUACUGCAAUGAUGGUUUCUCGAAACUUGUCGGCUAUUCACGAGCGGAAAUCAUGCAGAAGCCGUGCUCACUGGCGUUUCUCCAUGGCGAGCACGGCGACCCUACAAAUUUUGUACGAAUUCAAGAGGCCUUGGACAACGGUAGAACCGAUCAGGCGGAGAUUGGAUUGUGUAAAAAGAAUAAAACUCCCAUUUGGCUGCUAGUUCAUCUGGCACCAAUCAAAAAUGACAAGGACAACGUGGUGUUGUACUUGUGCCAGUUUAAGGAUAUCACCCCACUCAAACAACCACUCGACGAGGAGAACAACAAGGGUCUUGUGAGGCUACCCAAAAAUCGACCCAAUGUUCGGCUUUUUUGUAAGAAGUGA